GUUCAGCACCACAGCUCUCAUCUUUCGUUGCAUGCCACAAGGGCUGUACGCUUCCUCAAUUAAAAGACGGCGUGGAUUUGGAAACUAGGUUUUCAGUAUAUGGAGUCAUAGCCUACACACAUAUUUCAUCAACGCUUUUCGGAGGGGUGUUCAUCUUUGGUUUUGUGAUGUAGCCUAACCAUGAACAUUUAGAUUUUUUUCCAUCCACAUUUCUGGGGCAGCCACAGGCUGCUUCUUGCUUUAGCCUACCUUGCAACUAUAUCAAACAUCCGUUGAGGUAUUGCUUUCUUUGGUAUUAUUAAAAGUUGGGAUUUAUCUGAAAGCUUGAGUGGAGCCUGUGCUUUUUUGCAAGCUGAAUAAAAGAAGUCGGUAAGAAACCUGCCUUCUCUUUUCCUCUUUCAUCUCGAGUUCAUGUGUCUGCCAGAUCCCACUGCGUUGCCUCGCACAUGUUUUGCAAUAUAAUGACUGGAACCUGCUCGAGACAUGCCUAAGCGACGCAAUGGGACAAGGCGACGAGAACGAUCGUAUUGUGAUUAACGUGGGAGGUAUCAGACACCAGACCUACCGUAGCACCCUUCGCACAUUACCGGGCACCCGGUUAGCUUGGCUCGCCGAGCCAGAUGCCCACAGUCACUUUGACUACGAUCCCAAGAUUGAAGAAUUCUUCUUUGACCGGCACCCGGGUGUGUUUGCCCACAUCCUCAAUUACUAUAGGACCGGGAAGUUGCACUGCCCUGCAGACGUUUGCGGCCCUUUGUACGAGGAGGAGUUGGCGUUCUGGGGUAUAGAUGAGACCGACGUGGAACCAUGUUGUUGGAUGACUUAUCGGCAACAUCGAGAGGCCGAGGAGGCAUUGGAUAGUUUUGGGGGUGGCCCCCCCGAGAAUUCAGAGGAGGAUGGGGAUGAGGAAACGCUGGGAAUGAUCAAUAGGUUGGCUCUUGAUGGACCAGAUGCCAAAUCAGGGGGCCAUUGGCGACGUUGGCAGCGGUUGCUUUGGGCACUUUUCGAGGAUCCCUAUUCUUCUAAAUAUGCAAGGUGGAUAGCCUUCGCCUCCCUGUUCUUCAUCCUGGUUUCCAUCACCACCUUCUGCCUGGAGACACACGAGGCCUUCAACCCCAUCAUCAACCGGACAGAAAUUGACCCGCUGGACAACAGCACGCGGGUCUACCAGGAGACUGAGACCGUGGUCUUCCUCACCUAUAUUGAGGGGGUCUGUGUGCUGUGGUUUACAUUUGAGUUUAUAAUGCGAGUGACUUUCUGUCCGAGCAAGCUGGAGUUUUUCCGUAACACCCUCAACAUCAUCGACUUUAUUGCCAUCAUGCCCUUCUACCUGGAGGUGGGGCUGAGUGGGCUCUCUUCCAAGGCGGCUAAGGAUGUACUGGGUUUCCUACGCGUGGUACGCUUUGUCCGGAUCCUCCGGAUCUUUAAGCUAACUAGACACUUUGUGGGACUGCGUGUCCUGGGUCAUACACUCCGAGCCAGCACCAAUGAGUUCCUGCUCCUCAUCAUCUUCCUUGCCCUGGGUGUGCUCAUCUUCGCCACUAUGAUCUACUAUGCUGAAAGGAUUGGUGCCAAGCCCAAUGACCCCCGAGCCAGCGAGCACACGCACUUCAAGAACAUUCCUAUUGGAUUCUGGUGGGCGGUGGUGACCAUGACAACCCUUGGCUAUGGAGACAUGUACCCUCAGACAUGGUCUGGCAUGCUGGUGGGAGCGCUGUGUGCUCUGGCUGGUGUGCUGACUAUCGCCAUGCCAGUGCCUGUUAUUGUCAAUAACUUUGGGAUGUAUUACUCCCUGGCGAUGGCCAAGCAGAAGUUACCAAAGAAAAAGAACAAGCAUAUCCCCCGCGCCCCACUUCUGGGCUCCCCCAAUUACUGUAAGUCGGAGGUAACCUCAACUCACCACAGCACGCAGGACGACACAUGGCCCCUGGCCCCACAAGAACCACCAGAAGAGAUCUUAGAAAUAAACAGAGAAGCACCACAAGCUGUUUUUCAAGAUCCAAAAGUGAACGGGGAAACAUCCAAGGAUCCAGCCAAGAGAGCAGCCAAGGAGUCAGCCAAGGAGUCAGCCAAGGAGGCAGCCAAGGAGGCAGCCAAGGAGGCAGCCAAGGAGGCAGAAAAAGCAGCGCUGGCCAAUGAAGACUGUCCCCACAUAGACCAGAUCAUGUCACCUGAUGACGGCCUGAUCUUAAGCCCUAUUGACCGGUCCGAGCAGCAGCCCUGCUUCCUCCCGGCCAUGGGCGGGCGGCCAGGCCACACGGCGGCCAGAGUCAGGAAGGGUACGUAAUAUGACACACCUAGACACAGGCCCUACAUUGGGGCACACAUCCCAGGGCUUAAAUCUCAGGGCACACCUUCCCAAGGGCACACACCUCAGGGAACACACCUCAGGGAACACACCUCAGGGAACACACCCCAGGGAACACACCCCGGGGAACACACUUAAACUCAAGCACAAAUACACUUUCAUGUGUACUCAGUGAGGAGAAACUGGACACACAAAAAGUUGUACUGUAAGUCUGAAACAUGACACAAAAAGACACUUUAGAGAGCACACACAUUAUUUUUGUUGUUGCUUUCUCCUAUAUCACAGUAGGUCUUGUCCUUACUAUCUUUGUCUAUACAGCUUCCAACACAAACAACUUUAGGUCCCCCACCCAGGUACUACUGCUGAGCGACACAACAUCACCCCCAACAUUCUUAUUUGGCAUUUGGAUGCCUUUUUCUCUGUCCAACUCUUCUCUUUCAUUAAAACUGAAUCAUCUGAAUUACUCUUACUUUUAUGGAUUUACUUCCGCAAAAAAUAAGUUACUGAACAAAUAUAUAAACAAAUCACUAAUCAGUGGUCUUGUUUUUCUGUUUUGGAAUUUUCUUUAAAUGUUUCUUUACAUUACCAUGCCAACCCUCCUCUACAUUUCUGGGUGUUCUAUUCUUUCCAUUUGGUUUGUUCACUAUCACUGAGACUAUCACACUGCCCCCUGGGCCAACCUUAACUUUCCCCUUUUCUGUUUUUCUUUGUCGUAUGUUUGUUUUUCCUUGUUUAUCCUCCACCCAUUGUCUGAUCUGUUUGUUCCUCCCUCCAUCACUCCCCCCUUCAUCAUCCCUUCAUCCUUGAUUUGUGUCUAAUUGGCCGGUAGCUGGCCCUUCCCAGGGGAGGUCACUGGCGGAGCCGGCGCCCCCAUGCCCACCGCUCAGCCCCCAGGGCCCCCAGGGCUACCCUCUGCUGCAGCUAGCUGGGUGGGUAUGUGGUCAAGAGGACGGCCAUGCCACACUCACAACCUGACGCCCCAGCCUCUAGCACUAAAGAAUAGCACAAUGAAAGAAAUGCCUUGUUCACCACACCGAGAGAUCCUUACUAUCCUUAUGCUCUACAAUAACAUCAGGCCUUCAUCAUGUCCUCUAGUCUACAGUUACACCAGGCAAAGGCAGGACAAGUGCAAGCAAAAGGCUUCUAUGAU